CUGCUUCGAUUUCUAUAACAUUCCACCGUUGCUAACCAUUCAAUUGAUGAUUCAGAAAAUUUCCCUGUUUUUCUGUUCUUCCCUCGAUUAUUUUCCCGAGAAACAAACAGUUUCCCUCUCCACUCAAUCAACACACCCAUGGCUGCGCUAGCGAGCUCUGUGCUUCACUCGCCACUCCAGAUCUGUUCUUCCGAUUGUUCUUCUUCUGGGUUUCUAUCUCCAUCCAGAAUCCAUGGGUUUGCACCCAGUUUCAAGCUCAAGUGUUCCAGCCGCCGGCCUCUGCUUUCCGGCGACGGCCGACCCAGAAGAAGUUGCUAUUUGAAGUCGGCUUCCGAUUCCCCUCCUUCUCUUGAUGAUGAUUCCAAGGCUAACUCUGAACUCCUUGCAUCCUUGAAGCUCAAGCUACUGAGUGCGGUUUCCGGGUUAAAUAGAGGUCUUGCUGCAAACGAGGAUGAUUUACAGAAGGCAGAUGAGGCUGCUAAAGAGAUUGAAGCUGCUGGAGGGCCUGUGGACCUCUCUGUUGAUCUUGACAAAUUGCAAGGGAGAUGGAAACUGAUAUACAGUAGUGCAUUCUCGUCUCGCACUCUAGGCGGAAGUCGACCGGGACCUCCCACGGGAAGGCUACUUCCGAUCACUCUUGGUCAGGUUUUUCAGCGGAUCGACGUCAUCAGCAAAGAUUUCGAUAACAUCGUAGAGCUCGAGUUAGGUGCUCCUUGGCCACUACCUCCUGCUGAAGUCACUGCUACAUUAGCUCACGUGUUUGAAAUCAUAGGUUCUGCUAAGAUAAAGAUAACUUUUCAGAAAACCACCGUGAAAGCCACUGGAAACUUGUCACAGCUUCCUCCAUUAGAGGUACCUCGGCUUCCAGAUGCGCUAAGGCCUCCAUCCAACACUGGAAGUGGCGACUUUGAAGUCACUUACCUUGACAAUGAUACUCGGAUCACCAGAGGAGAUAGAGGAGAACUCAGAGUGUUUGUUAUUUCAUAAUAUCAUCACAGCCAUGAUGCAUGCCCUUUGCUGCACCCUCAGGUUUAAACAUCUCCCCUAAAGUCUGAAAUUAUACCAUCCAUCACUGUUUAGUAUUGUUAUGAGUUUCGUUAUCGAAUCUUCGAUACGAACUGAAACUUAGAGAUCAACUGCUGUAACCAUAGUUAGGAAGAGGAAAGCAUAAAGUGUCUGGAUUUCUACAUUGUUCACUGUAAGUAGUUUCAUUGUCUUCAUCUAUGUAUUGAUCAGUCAGAGCUUAAAAAUGUGAAAUGGUUUUUGUUAGUAAUCUCAGCAAUGGUAUAAUAUUGUCCA